CCUUACCUUCUGCCGUUUCAUCAAUCAGGCUUUUCCUCUCUCAAGUCUUUUUGUUUUCCAACUUCUCCCCACGUGUGCUUAUCUUCUCAAGUAUUUAUUUUCAUUUCUUUCAAGUGGCUUCUUGGUCACAGAGUUCUAUCCUCUGCAAUUUUCCUUUUUUUUGCUUUUUCCUUCUUUCUCUAACCCUAGCCCUACAAUGCGUCGGGUAGAAGAUAUGCCAUGGCUUUCGUACAAGUACUUGAUUACAAUUUCUUCCCGAAGUGGGAGCGUGAAGGGGAAGUUGAUCGCUCUUUCAUCCGUGAAUAUGCGGAUGAAAUUGGCGACAUUUGGGCCUUGAUAGACCCGGCUGGUAAUUCCCAUGUUGUUCAAUGAACACUGAUAUGCCUAGUCUUACACAUGGGUGGUAUAAUCUGAGGGAUUUCUAUCAACUUGAGGGUGACUAUCCCUUUUCCCUGGACUAUGUUGGGAAUUCUGUUUUUCACAUCUCAAUAAAAAGAUCAUGAAAGGAAAGAGGUUCUUUAUUCAGCGUUUGGAGAUCCUGUGUUCCGUGUUGCUGGACACGCGCAGGCAGGACAUGGAGAAUCUUCAAGUCCAGAUCUUUCCGAUUCGGAUGAUGAUGUUGUCAUUCCUGAAGCCGUUGUUGAACCAGAAGCUGCUCCUGGUAUUUUGGAUUUAGAGCAUGUUGACAUGGUUCCUGGCCUUGAUGGGGAACCAGAAGCUGCUUCUGUUCUGGUUGAUGGGCCUCAGAUUCCUGAAGUUGCUAAGGUUAUGGAAGCUGAUCCAAUUGAAAUAGUUCCUGGCUUUGAUGGUGUUUUUGAGUGUGUUUUCACUCAUGUGAUCUCUUAUGACCAGGCUACCGGCUAUGUGAUGCGUGUUCCAACCUCUAUUAGGAAUUAUCUUAGAGAAGCGCAAGUUGAUAGGUGGUUGUUUGUUGGAACUUCUGGUGCUGAGGUUGAGUGUAGAAUCAUCAAGCCAACGGACAUAAAUUUUGUGGAAAUUGGCCAAGGAUGGAAGACCUUCUGUGAGGUUAACUAUGUGUUGCCUUUUGAGGAACUCACAUUUAGGUUUACAAAUCCUGGUCUUAGGAUUGUUUAUGUUUCUCAAGUUUAAAAGGUUUGAAUAUGGAUAAUCAUGUGUUUGGGGUAUUUUGUUCCUCUUCUUUCAGUUUUCACUUCAUCUAUUUGAAUGGACAAUGAAUGUAUUCUUAAUUUCGGAUUUUCUAUCCCUUUUUUGACUAAUGCAAUCAGUGUGUAGAUGAAUUUGCGUGAA